CCAUUGCUUUGCAUGACAACAGAAUGAACUUUGUCUCAGUUCCUCUUGUAAAGGAAAGCAGGAUAUCGUCUUGAAUUUAUAGCUCAGUAUUUGGGAGAAAACCUUUAAAAUAACAAUCCAUACAUUAUCAAUUUGCUCAGAAGGUUUAACUGGGUUUGAGCUGCUUAAUGGUACUUAAUGGUUAAUAGUUGGAGAGUAAAGUGUGAACUGGAUAAGAGUUGCUAUGCGCUUUGGACACCGAACAGGAAAUAGGUCCAGUGGAGUGAAGGGGAAACGGUUUAUAAAUGCUCACUGGUAUCUUCGGGGUGUUGUCUAAAUAAAGGAAGUAGCCUUGAACUCAACGCUGCAGCAUGUAUGAGAGCCGAUCUGAUGAUGCUGCUGGAUCUGAAUCUGGAUGUGACCCAGCUGUCAGUGAUCCCAGCAGCAGGAGGAGCAGCAGCAGACAGAGCACCGUUGUGGAGCGACUCUCUCGGUAUGGCACGCAGGUCAUGCCUACAGCUUUGCAGCGUAGGUCGCGUCUGCAGAGGCAGCUGGAGGUCAGUGACAGCUCCGGGCUGGGAGGAGGAGGACUCCAGCAGAGGGAGGCUACGGAGAGAGGCUCUCUCACUCCGGCUAUGCGGAAAAAGUACCUGAAAGAGUUACUUUUGAGUAACCCAUCACACAGCGGCUUCAGCAGCGUGCUGUCUCAGACCUCCAGCGUGUCCUCCUCACAGGACGCAGCAGACUGGGCUCUGUACCCGAUGGAGCACGCCUGGAUGCUGUCUGCAGUGGAGGGCAACUACGACACCAUCCUGGAGUACAUCUCUGAAGACCCAUAUCUGCUCACCAGGAAGGACUUCAUCAGCGGGUAUUCAGUGCUGCACUGGCUGGCCAAGAGAGGACAGGACGAGACUCUGCUCAGACUGCUUCAGUACGCACAGAGUGCGGGGAUCUGCGUGAAUGUGAAUGUGCGUGGCAGCGGUGGACUCACUCCUCUGCACGUCGCCAGCAUGCACAGACACUACAUGGUGGUGAAGCUGCUGGUGGGAGCUUUCGGUGCCAACGUGGACGCCAUGGACUACAACGGGAGGAGAGCCUGGCAGUACCUGCAGACAGACGCUCCGAUGGAGAUGAAGGAGCUGCUGGGGACGUUUGAUGAGGAGCACAGCAGCGGAUGCACGCAAGAUGCAAACAAAAACGUCAACAACAAUGCUGCUUGUGCAAUGAGUGUACAUGAUGAGGUCGAUCAUGGAGAGAGAGGUGAAGUGAACCACUUUGAACGGACUAAGAGGGCUGGCAGCUGGAGGUUUGGCUCUAUAAGGAAGCUGCUACACACUUUUUCAUUUCUUGGAAACAAAAGCUGAGUGGUCAUACUAUCUCAAAGUAAAUAUUGUGGUGUUGCAGAGAUGUCCUGGCCUGCAAAUCAUAUUCUACAGACUUAAUCAUAUUGUAAUAUCAGUAAAAAAUAAUCGCAAUAUGAUAUUUCAGCCCUACAAAUAUCACUGUGUUGACAAAUCAUGCAUAAAAUGAAUUUCAAUUGAUAAAUACAUCUGUUACCCAUUGCACAAACCUAUAAUGUUGGUCUUUUCAGAUUUUUAAAAUGAGUUGGAGCUAUUGUAUCAAAUGAGCUAUUUGUACCCAAUAUGCCCCUUUUCACAGCAGCCAUUUGUACAUGUCAUAGCAGGGUAAACACAAGUGUAACUAAUAACUAAUUAUGUCCCUGUUGCAUUAAGGUGGGCCAGAGCCCUGCUAUUGUGAAUGUUGACUCACUGGAAAGGUUGUGACACACUUAAAUAGAAUGGGACCAUAAUUCAUUCUAUGAAUUACACCUGUGUUUGCCCUGCUAUGACAUGUCAACAGGGCACAUUCAGCUCACUGUUAGUGGUUCCCAAAAAAGUAUUACAUUUCUGUUUACUGAGUCCUUACAGUUCUGCAAAACAGUGAAAACAAUCUGCCAGUACAGAAAGAACUGAAAACAGACUGACAUUCUUGCAGAUUUUUCAACUUGUUUCAAGAAAAUUUGGUUUUUAGCUUUUAAUUAUUGGCAUAUAUAAUUGCAUAAAAUGGAGAUUAGCAGUGUUGAUCAAAAGGAUUAAGACAAAAAGGUUUGUUCUUCUUGUCAAAAAGCUACUUGAUGCUUUAAAAUCCUUCAAAUGACUCAUAACUCAUGUCCACACUGAGACCAUAACUUAUGAUUUAAGGGGUCUCAAACCAAAAAGGUUGGCAAAUCCCUGCACUAUUUCACCAAUAAUCCGUUCACUAUUGCUUUUUAGGGAGUCCUGGAAAGUCAUCUGGUUUAAAUGCUGGCACUUGAGUCAAUUAUUUUGCCUUAACUUCCACUGAACUUUAAUAAAAGAGGGCUGGCAGCUGGAGGUUUGGGUCUGUAAGGAAGCUGCUACACACUUUUUCAUUUCUUGGAAACAAAAGCUGAGUGGUCAUGACACAAACCUUCAGAUAUGUGCAUUACUUCACAUUCAGCUCACUGGUUUAGUGGUUCCCAAAAAAUAUUACAUUUCUGUUUACUGAGUCCUUACAGUUCUACAAAACAGUGAAAGCAAUCUACCAGUACAGAAAGAAUUGAAAACAGACCAACAUUCUUGCAGAUUUUUCAACUUGUUUUAAGAAAAUUAAGUUUUUACCUUUUAAAGGUCCCAUAUUAUGCUCAUUUUCAGGAUCAUAAUUUAGAAUGUUUGUUUAAAUCUGUGUCAAGGGUCUAAAUAUUGUACAU